AUGCCCCACUUCUUUCUCUCUCACGUCCGGUCCUCCCUGCGCAUCGUUCAUUUCCCUCUCUCGUCCGUCCCUUGCAUCCGCGCCUCGUUCCCAUCCCCUCUCCCGUCCGAUCCUCCGUUCCGCGCCUCGUUACUUGCUCUCGCUCGUGCGAUUCUACCUUCCGCGCAUCGUUACUUGCUCUCGCUCGUGCGGUCCUACCUUCCGCGCAUCGUUACUUGCUCUCGCUCGUGCGGUCCUACCUUCCGCGCAUCGUUACUUGCUCUCGCUCGUGCGGUCCUACCUUCCGCGCAUCGUUACUUGCUCUCGCUCGUGCGGUCCUACCUUCCGCGCUUUGUUACUUGCUCUCGCUCGUGCGGUCCUACCUUCCGCGCUUCGUUUCUUGCUCUCGCUCGUGCGAUCCUACCUUCCGCGCCUCGAUCCUUUCUUCCUUGCAUCCGCGCGUCGUCCCCAUUCCUCGGCUCGCCGGAACCUCCUCUUCGCGACGUGUCUCUGGUUUCCUCCCAUGCGCACUUUGUCUCAUUCUCGUCUGUUCCUCUCCUCCGUGCGCAUGUAGCCUCGUAUGUUCUUCUCCCGUGCACCUUCUCUCUCAUUCCCCUCCGUCCCUCUCCUCCCGUGCGCCUUCUCUCUCGCUCCCCUGUGCGCCUCUCCUCCCAUGCGCAUUUCGCUUCAUUCCCCCUGCUCAUCUCCUCCCGUGCCCGUUCACUCUCAUUCCCCUCUGCGCCUCUCCUCCCAUGCGCAUUUAGUCUCAUCCCCCUCUACUCCUCUCCUCCCUUGCGCGAGACCUCUCAUUCCCCUCUGUUCCUCUCCUCCCUUGCUCAUUUUCUCCUUUCCCCUACUACUCCUCUCCUCCCGUGCGCGUAUGCUCUCAUUCCCCUCUGGUUCAGUCCUCCCGUGCACAUUAUCUCUCAACCCCCUCUGCUUCUCUCCUCCCGUGCGCCUUCUCACUCAAUCCCCUCUGUUUCUCUCCUCCCGUGCGCCUUCUCUCUCAAUCCCCUCUGUUUUCCUCCUCCCGUGCGCCUUCUCUCUCAAUCCCCUCUGUUUUCCUCUUCCCGUGCGCCUUCUCUUUCAAUCCCCUCUGUUUUCCUCCUCCCGUGCGCCUUCUCACUCAUUCCCCUCUGUUUUCCUCCUCCCGUGCGCCUUCUCACUCAAUCCCCUCUGUUUCUUUCCUCCCGUGCGCCUUCUCACUCAAUCCCCUCUGUUUCUCUCCUCCUGUGCGCCUUCUCACUUAAUCCCCUCUGUUUCUCUCCUCCCGUGCGCCUUCUCCCUCAAUCCCCUCUGUUUUCCUCCUCCUGUGCACUUUCUCACUCAAUCCCCUCUGUUUCUCUCCUCCCGUGCGCCUUCUCUCUCAAUCCCCUUUGUUUUCCUCCUCCCGUGCACCUUCUCACUCAAUCCCCUCUGUUUCUCUCCUCCCGUGCGCCUUCUCCAUCAGUCCCCUCUGUUUCUCUCCUCCCGUGCGCAUUCUCACUCAAUCCCCUCUGUUUCUCUCCUCCCAUGCGCCUUCUCUCUCAAUCCCCUCUGUUUCUCUCCUCCCGUGAGCCUUCUCACUCAAUCCCCUCUGUUUCUCUCCUCCCGUGCGCCUUCUCACUCAAUCCCCUCUGUUUCUCUCCUCCCGUGCGCCUUCUCACUCAAUCCCCUCUGUUUCUCUCCUCCUGUGCGCCUUCUCACUCAAUCCCCUCUGUUUCUCUCCUCCCGUGCGCCUUCACUCUCAUUCCCCUAUGUUUCUCUCUGCCCGUGCGCCUUUUCUCUCCCGUCACUCGUCCCCUCUGUGCUCCGCCUACUCCUCCCUUCUUGUGCCCGGCUGGGUCGGCACAUGCAGAGCAACGCCUGCCCUGCCAACCUCGUCAGUAG